GGUGCGUUGUUCAGCAUGCCGCCCGUGUAGCGGUCCGCCCGCCGGCUCUGACCCGCGGUAUGGCGCUGGAGGGCACCAAGUUCGCUGAGGGCGAGAAGGCCAUUGAGGACCUGUACUUCACGAAAGAGGACCAGCGCCUCAUGGCUAAGCUUUUGGCCAAGGUUAAGACGCAGUCGGACAUUGCUGAUAAGCACGCCGCGGAGGGUGUGAAGGCCGCCGAGAUGUCGGCACUUAAGCAGAUUCUGCCAAAGGACACGCCGAAGGAGGUUGUUGACAAGCUCCUCAAGUGGAAGCACACCCACUAUUAAACUAUUAUUACGGCCUGCAAGCCGCGGGGACUAGCGGGGUUGGGGAUGGCAUUCCUGUUUCGGACUUCGGCGAAGCGGGACAUGAAGUGGUCUACCAUCAUGCGCAGAUUCUGUGGCAGGCGGACUCGUGUAGGGAGCAUAUGCAACCGUUGUUGGCGCCGCAACCCCGAAGGGUGUUACCGGGGUGUGUGUGGUUUUUCGCCUCCGGGGAAACGUAUGUGCUAGGAAGGAGCAGCAGCGGACCAUGGUGAUGAAGG